GAAGCUAGGAAGGGGGCGCGGGCAGGAAGCGGGAAGCAGCGGAGCUAACUGCAGGGCCUCUGGAACUGGGCUCCACCAGCUCUUGGGCUCGCUGAUCCUAACCCGCCUCGCCCGGGGGUGCAGGAAACCUGUCUGCUCCAUGCCAUCCUCCCAGCGCUGCUUUUGGGGUUCACUGCUGAGUGAGGAAGGGUCCUGCUCCCAUUGUCACUGGGUGGAUUUCCAGCUGAUUCACGGGCCUUUGUCCUUCUUGGUAAGAAUGAAAGUCCAAUUCCCAUUUGGGACAGACAUACCUGCAGUUCCUGAGUUUGCUGAAUUUGAAAACAAACCAACAAACAAACCCACCAGUGGACUUUGACUCCUGUUCAGAGGAGACCAGAGAGAUGGAGGCCUUCCAACCUGGGACUAAAAGGAGGGUCCUUCCCACAUGGAUGGCGGCCCAGGGGGCUGAGAAAAAUGCACUGACGUUGAAGACCCCCAAGAAGAGGAGAACGGUAGCUGCAGUGGCACAGACCUCAAGAGUUCUUGCGAUGAACACUGUGUACUGCAUGAGUGAAGCUGAACUAGUGGAUGUGGCCCUGGGGAUCCUGGUUGAGGACCGCAAACAGGAACAGUCUUAUGAACAGCUGGCUCUGGCGGGUGCUGAUAAGCCAGAGCUCUCCCCUACCUGCUCAGCCUCCCCAUCAUGGUCACCCUCGUGGAGCUCUCCAGGGAGCCAGAGUGAGGAUGAAGACCAUGGGAAAGAUGCCCUCUCAUCAGGACUCUGUCCUUCUCCGGGGCCUGGGGGUUCAGACUCAGCCUGCAGCAGGAGCCCCGAGAAAGAUGAAGAUGUGUUAAAAUACGUCAGAGAGAUAUUUUUCAGCUAGGGAAUGUACUUCCCAGGACUUUCUUCCCAGAGCAGCUGAAGGAAGCUGGCUUCCCCUCCCUGCCUGGGGCUGACCUCAGUGUGAGGCCGUGCAGCCAGGCCUAGGCCGCAGCCUCCCCCCCUCUCCCCGACCUCCUUCCUGGGCAGGUUUAUUUCCAAGAAGACGCUUCAAGAUGCUCCUGCACGUGGACUGAUGGACUGACAGAGUUCAGAACCUGCUUGCAUUUAGAAUCCCCUUUUCCCUAGCUACCCCACCCCUGCCCGUGUCCUCUCUUAGCUUCUAGAAUCUGCAAUCCCAAGAACCUGUUGUAUUCUGUUAGGGGUUUCAGGAAAGAUGAAGUAGUUGUGGUCAGACUUAUUGGAAACAAAGAAACAACAAUUUCCCAUGAAAAGAGUCUGUCUGCUAAGUACACUGGAAUCCCUCCUUCAGUCUGCAUCACCUCUCCCCAAGGAGGAAGUCUGUUCUAAAAUUAGCUUCCAGAGGCUGGGAGCUAGCUCACCCAGUAGAGUAUACACAUUAUUAUGUGUGAGGGCCUGGGUUCAAGCCCCUGCCACCAAAUGGAAGAGCUGUGCGUGGAACCAGGGAAACUCCAAGAAUGGAGGAGCGAUCCUGUAGUCUCUCUUUUUCUCUGUAUGUCCCUCUCUGUCUCCAUAUCUGGAAUUAAAAGGGGGAAAUUUUA